CUGUUUUACCAGGCUUCGAGAAGCCAUGAAAUUCCCCGCUCUGAGAUUCAUUCGUCCCUGCCUUAAUCUUCUCUAGAGAGAGAAAAGAUUCGCAAGCAAGACUUCAUUAGAGAGAGAAGGGCAGCAUGACAGCAAGGAAAUGUCAUAAACAAUGCCAAUCCAAACCCUAGCGUAGCUUUUUGUGCUUUCAUUGUGGAAAUUGAAGCCCCACCAAACCCAUCACUAUCUCGAUUCGUUUCUCUGUUGUUCAUUUUUGUGUUUUGCUGCAACCAUUAAUUCAGCAACUUGGAACUUGAGCUCGACGAUUUUCGGCCAAGAAAAAGAGCCAUCGAUUGGCCCCGUAAAGCCAGUUCGUUUCAAUUGUAUUCCUCGGGAAAGUUCCAAAAUUUCUUUGAUUAUACGGUAAUUGUGGGGAUUGUGAUUAGUUCCCUUCUGAUGUUUUAUUUCCAAUCACUGUUUCAAUCACCCGCAAAUUAUCCAUUCUGGUACUCAAUUUCCCAUCCUUUUCUUCCCUCUGAUGUCUUCUUUAUAUGUUGCUUCAAUUGCCUGAGAUUUCGUCUCAAAAUUUGAAACUCUGCUCCAGAAGUGAGUCUGUACUUGUUGUCACUGUGAAAUUCAACUCCUGUGAUUGUUAAGAUUUCGUCUGAGUCUCCAAUUUGUUUCAAUCGCAAAACAAUUUCUUUGGCGGGAUUGAAGAGAAGCUGUUAAGGAUGGGAGAUCGCUUUAGACCUCUUUCCAUUGAGGAAUUGCCAUCACAUUUAAUUCUAGAGAUCCUAUGCUCAGGCAGGCUUAGUGCAGUCGACCUUGUUUGUUUAGAGCUGACUUCGAAGACUUUUGGUGGGAAUCACGGUUGGUACCCUUCCAAGUUUCGGUCAUUGGUGAACUUCGCCGCAUAUCAACUAUCUGCCUCCCAUCUUAUCUAUUCAAGUAUGAGUUUGAAUUCUCAGAGGGAGUUAUAUGAUCGAUGUGGUGGAAACUGGAAGCGAACUUUGAGAUUUUUGCAGUCCCUGGAACAAUCUUCUGGGAUGGCCGAGACAUCAUCAGGCAAUAUGCAAGUUACGACUGGAAAGUAUCACACCUUUUUUGUCAGCAAUUUUUCUGCCUACUCUUGUGGUUCUGGAUUGUGUGGUGUGCUUGGUCAUGGUCCUGAAACAACACAAUGUGUGGCAUUUACGAGGCUUGAUUUCCCACCGUUGGCUCGUGUGGCUCUGGUGUCAGCCUCCUAUAAUCAUGCAGCUUUUGUCAUGCAAUCUGGAGAGGUAUUCACGUGUGGAGACAAUUCUUCAUCUUGCUGCGGCCACAAAGAUACAAGCCGUCCGAUUUUUAGGCCAAGGCUUGUUGAAGCCCUAAAGGGGGUACAUUGCACGCAGGUUGCAGCAGGGCUUAACUUCACAGUAUUCCUCACCAGACAAGGUCAUGUGUACACGUGUGGGACCAACACUUGUGGCCAACUUGGUCAUGGUGACACUCAGGAUAUACCAUCCCCCAAACUGGUUCAAAUGCUUGGUGGGGUUGGUCCUGUUGUUCAGAUUGCUGCCGGACCAAGCUAUGUCUUAGCUGUCAUGGAUAAUGGAAUAGUAUACUCCUUUGGAUCAGGUUCUAAUUUCUGUCUUGGCCAUGGUGAGCAACAUAAUGAGUUUCAGCCACGUGCUAUUCAGACAUUUAGAAGAAAAGGUAUCCAUGUGGUCCGUGUUUCUGCUGGUGAUGAGCAUGCAGUGGCACUUGAUUCAAAUGGAUUUGUAUAUACAUGGGGCAAGGGCUAUUGUGGUGCUUUAGGCCAUGGGGAUGAAAUUGACAAGACAACUCCAGAGAUCUUGGCCAGUCUCAAGAGUCACUUGGCUGUUCAGGUCUGUGCGAGAAAGAGGAAAACUUUCGUUCUGGUUGAUUCUGGUUCAGUCUUUGGCUUCGGAUGGAUGGGAUUUGGAAGCCUUGGAUUUUCGGACAGAAGGCUAUCAGAUAAAGUCAUGAAGCCACGAAUCCUCGAUACUCUUCGGGCCCAUCAUGUUUCUCAGAUCAGCACUGGGCUGUACCACACAGUCGUAAUCACUAACCGAGGACAGAUCUUUGGUUUUGGAGACAAUGAAAGAGCACAACUCGGACAGGACACAGUAAGAGGAUGUCUUGAGCCAACGGAAAUUUUCAUUAAAGAUACAGAUGACGAAGAUCUAGAUGCUAUUUCAGAAAGAGACUGACAAUUCCUCGAGCAACCAGUCUUUUGUGGAGGUUUGUUCCAUUUGAUAUCAGACAGACACCAAAUUUUUUUAGUCUGUCGCUGUUAAGAUUGCUACUUUAUGUUGUAUUAUAGUGAUAAAAGAGGAAACUUAACCCUAGAGAUUAUUGUCGUUGUUCUCAUCAUGUUUAUGUUUUGAGGAAACCCAUAAUCUCGUGUUGAGACUGGUGAUUGACAAGAUGGGACUUUUCAGGAGGAAUAAUGAAGUGGACGAUAAUCGAUUCAUCAAGCCACUUCUUAUCAAA